AAUCCACACCAUCAAUUCGCCUCUGUUUUGGACAAGUCUCCGAUUCUCACUCCAACAAAAACUCGAAUUUCAUCGUUCGAAAAGGUAAAAAUAAAGCCAUUUCUUGUCUUCCAUUCGAAAACCCAGAUCGUAUAGAAUGGGUAAGGAUCUGAGCGACGACCAAGUCUCAUCAAUGAAGGAGGCUUUCACUCUCUUCGACACCGACGGCGACGGCAAGAUCGCUCCAUCGGAGCUAGGGAUCCUAAUGAGGUCUCUCGGUGGAAACCCUACCCAAGCCCAACUCAAAGGUAUAGUCUCUGAAGAGAAGCUCACGGCGCCGUUUGACUUCCCCCGGUUUUUAGAUCUCAUGGCGAAGCACAUGAAACCUGAGCCUUUUGACCGCCAGCUACGCGAUGCGUUCAAGGUGCUGGAUAAGGAGUCGACCGGGUUUGUCUCCGUGUCGGAUCUGAGACAUAUAUUGACUAGCAUUGGGGAGAAGCUGGAGCCGUCGGAGUUCGAUGAGUGGAUCCGGGAAGUGGAUGUCGGGUCGGAUGGGAAGAUCCGUUACGAGGAAUUUAUUUCCAGGAUGGUUGCCAAGUGAGAAAAGCCAUCCAUGUUUGUUUCUAUUUCUUCUUUGAUUUUCAAAAAAUGUUUUUUCUUUUUCUUUUUUGAAGGGGAGUUAAGGGCUUGUUUGGAUUUGAUGUGGCGAAGGAAAAUGUGUUUUUCAUUUUCUGCUGUUGUUUCUUUCUAUGCUAACUCUCAGAGAAUUUGAUUGGUGUGUAGCUUGUAUUAAUAUUCUUGUGUUUGGUUUGGUUUUGUAUUAGAAAUUUCUGCUAUUUCCCCAUGUUUUUGAGGAAUUUGCUUUGUACUUGCAAUUUGAGAGGUGUAUGAAAGUUCUUCCUCCCUCCAAACCCAUCUUUCACAUUCACAUGUUUGUUAAC